AUGCCGAUGCCUGAUCCUCCUGCCUCUAUGCCACUGCUCCGAUCUGGUACCGACACCUCAGCGGCAGCCACAGCUGCGGCGCAGAUUGCUCAACGCAGCACCACAGAAGCUCUCGGGGGUCCCGAAGAUUCUAUUCGUCUCCGUUUUCCGCCGUUCUGGACCCAAGACUCCGUGCUCUGGUUUGCCCAAAUCGAGCGGCAGUUCGACGCCCGCCGCGUCACUUCCCAUGCCGCCAGGUUCGGACAUGUCGUCAGCGCUCUGCCCAUGGAUGCCACUGCCGAAAUUCGUGAUAUCAUUCUCCGUCCGCCGGCAGAAGCGCCGUAUGAUACCCUGAAACGGGAAUUGCUUGCCCGUACUCUCUCUACUCAUCGACGUCUUCAACAGCUCCUUAGCGCUGAGGAGUUGGGCGACCAGAAGCCGUCUCAGUUACUCCGCCGCAUGGGCCAUCUCACAGGUGACACACCUCUCGACUCUACUAUCCUGCAAGAACUCUUUCUCCACCGCUUGCCAUCCGACAUUCGAGUGGUCUUAACCGCAGCCGGCGAGAUGACGAUGGGCGACAUGGCGCUGCUGGCGGAUCGUAUCCUCGACUUACGCUCAGACUCCGUUGCAAGCGUUACCCGGAGCGGGUAA